GGAUAUGCGACCUGGAUGCAGUGAAACGCUCUUCUAAACCUCCGAGAAGCAACUAGUUCUUCUAUAGCUUGUUCUCGAUUUCUGUCCGGCUAUGGCGCAUGCAUCUUGUCCUUGGAUGGCCAGGGUUGUGUCUGAUUCGCCACCAGAUGAGGGCUACUUUGGUUCAACUGAUAAGACGGCGUUCCUUGACAGGCAGGCGCUUUUCAGCUGGCCCCAGAUUCCGAACUAUUGGAUUCUAACUCUCUCCUAUGCAGGUACGGUCUUCCCCAGAACUGGGAAUGAUCGAUCGAUUCUCCACAGGGUUCCUCGCUUGCAGCGGUACCUGCAGGGGACCAAGGUGCCACAGACUAUGACUGGGCGUCCUUUCUCCGGAGAUCCUUCGGCUUACCCUUCCAUACUCCAGCUUCCGGAAACCGGUCACAAUUCUUAGUUUGCCCAGCAUCGAUCUAUCCCGAUGCGACUGGCUUUUGAGGCAAUGUCCAUCGGUCCUCUCGACCGAGUGUGACUGAACGAAUGACUCGAGAUAACCAUCAGGCAUCUGAUUGGGAAUUUCCAUGGAACUACACAACUUUGACGUUCAGCUCAAUGCCAUGAUUUGAA